GUCAAUAUUGUGUUAUUUGUCAAGCGACUCAGCCAGGAGUGCGUCAUUUUAAACAGCUGGCCAGCUGGGUCAAAGAAAGGGGCGUGGCAUUUUCUCGGACGGCAGCCGCUAACACGCACCACAUUUUAGUCAAAAAUGCUGUCGAAUCUGAGGAGCGUGAGCCAAGGCGUGUGGCGCAGCGCCAGGGCGAUCCAGACGUCGGCCGUGCAGAGGCACGACAGCCUCUUUGUGCACAGAGAUUCACCUGAGGACAACCCCGACAUUCCUUUUGAGUUCAACGCUGAGAACAAGAAGAGGGCCGAGGCCAUCAUCGCCAUCUACCCUGACGGCCACACGAGGGGUGCCAUGAUUCCUCUGCUCGACUUGGCGCAGAGGCAGAACGGCGGCUGGCUGCCCAUUUCAGGCAUGCAUCAUGUUGCUGACCUGCUCAAGCUGCCCCGCAUGAGGGUUUACGAGGUGGCUACAUUCUACACCAUGUUCAUCAGAAAACCCAUUGGAAAAUACCACGUCCAGGUUUGCACGACCACCCCAUGCUGGCUGCGAGGCUCAACAGAGAUCCUGGAGUGUGUCAAGAGCAAGCUUGGAAUAAACGUCGGUGAAACGACUUCCGACAAAAUGUUCAGCAUCUCUGAGGUGGAAUGCCUGGGCGCAUGUGUCAAUGCCCCUAUGAUCCAAGUCAACGACAAUUACUACGAGGAUCUCUCAAUCAAAGACACAGAAGAAAUCCUCGACAAGCUGAAAAAGGGUGAACAACCCAAGCCCGGUCCCAGGAACGGAAGGUUCGCCGCCGAGCCCCUGGGAGAACUUACUUCCCUGAAGGAGGAGCCCAAAGGGCCCGGAUUCGGGGUCCAGGCUGGCCUCUAGGAUUGUCAUUGUUAGUUGUUUCAAUGUAAAUAAUUUAAUUGAAUAAUAACAAAAAUUUAAAAU